UUGAUGUAAAAAAUCCAAUAAGUACUUAAUAAAUUUAUUUUUCCAUUCUCUUUUUAGUGAAAUAACCAAAACAAGAAAAAACACAGCACAAUGUCUCUUGAUGAGAAAUUCAAUGCCGCUGCUGAGAAGGUAAAAACCUUUACCAAACGCCCCACCGACGAGGAGCUGCUGCAGUUGUAUGCGCUGUUUAAACAGGCUACUGUCGGCGAUAAUAAUACUUCCAAGCCAGGUAUGCUCGACUUGAAGGGUAAGGCCAAGUGGGAAUGGUGGAACAAGCAGAAGGGCAAGUCGCAGGAUGCAGCCAAGCAGGAAUAUAUUGAAUAUGUGGAGAAGUUGUCGACGUCAUAUCUGUAAUAGAAAUAAUAGUGAUUUUUUUCAUUACAAUUAUUAUAACAACAUACUGAAUUAUUGUGUUUAGUGGUUUUUUGUAAAUUUGUCUUAUUUUAAUAUACAUUUUCAACUACAAAAAUGGCAAA